GACAUGCCAAUCAUUGCCUGGUCAAAUCAUCUUCUUUUAUUUUAUCUCGCCUGGGAAGUUUGUCCUUAUCUCUCCAUUGCAGAUGGCGACACAUUUCUGUCGUGCGUAAGAAAACAUCGGACUUUCUGUGGCGUGUACCACGUCGGACAUAACUGCCAUUGUGUGCCAUCAGGAGGUGGUAACUUAAAGUAAACAAAUAAAUAAUCGGUACCGGCCGCCCCCCUUAGCACCCCUUCUACCGAAUCACCCACCGUGAGGACACUUCUCCGUUCUCGGACAUCAGCUGAUCAUGAAGCCCCUGAAGAUUUCUGAGACCCAUUAAGGCUGGAUUGGCUCCGACACUUGUGUGUAGCAGAACUCAUUCCUAAUCCGCAGCCGCUGUGUCUCAACCGAGGGACGAUUUUGCUGGUUUCUGAACCUCUUGAUACGGGAUAGACAACAGACGAGUGCAACACAGUAAAAUGGAGAUUAUCGUGCUACUCACCGCAGUGCUGGCAGCCAUGCGUGCAGCUGCCGAGGACAAUUGUGAUCUCAAUGACAUCAACAACAGCAGCGUAUUGAAUGUGAAGGCGGCAGAGAUGAUCUCGCAGGGAUGCUGGAGCACUUACCAGAAAGAAGAACAGGAUGUUCAUGUUAUUAACCUGAGGUUCAGCCAGCAACUCUCUUUUCUCCGUGUGGAUCUGAAAAAUCAAAAGAAUGUGAUCCUGAUUCUGAACAGCAAUAAGGCCAUCACCCUCCAACUCCUGCUCCCGAAUAACAGGACAACUAUUUACGUUGCAUCUUCUCCUCUCAUUUCUACAUUUCAAGUGGACAUAAUACCAGAAGAGCUGCCUGACAGCAGCAACGACCUCCUCAAGUGGGCUGAAGAAAAAUUUGGGGGUGUGACAUCGUUUUCUGAACUUAUGAACCCUGAACAGUUAACUGUCAAGGAUGCAAACAUGGACUCCAGAACUUCAACCUGUGAACUACAGCCAGAUUUUAGGAUGGGAGAAUACUUGGAAGUCGUCUACGCCUUAAGUGUAAAGGUCUGCCACCACCAUGUCCAGCAAAGGAAGAGGAGAGUGCAUAUAAUAAGUGUAGCCAAGGACCUUGAAAACAGAGUGAUUAACGUGGAUGUGUUCUCAAGGAUGGCACCACUCCUCAUCCUUCAAGGGCCAGUGACAACAAAAUGGUUCAUCACUUUUGACUCCAAUGACUGUCAGGUCAUAAGUAAUACCCCUGUCAACAUUAAAGGGUUAACAAAUCCCUUAACCACCAAUUUAAGUGACACAUACAGCAGCUUGGUGCAGCAGGUGCCUUCGUUAAUAAACUCCUUCAAAGAAGUUGCCAUCUCUUACACAGAGAUACAAAGCGCACCUUCACAUCUAAACGUGGAGGUCAAAACCGAACCCGCAGAACCUUCUUCCACCAGAGCACCAACAUCUGCUCUGAGCACCGCCAGGAAUGAGGAAAUGAUAAAGCUCGAGUUCUACCGAACCAAAGAUUUCAGAUUCGCUUUGACUGAGUUGAGAAACCUGGAUAGCAGGGAGACGGUCUUUGCAAAGAUUACCAAAGAUCUUAAAAUGGUCGAGCUUGGGAUAAAACUUUUCAAUUGCUCAGCCACGAUAAAUGGCGAUCAGGUGAAGAAUAUGAAAUUUACAAAGCAAGCAUGUCCACAGAAGGACUUCUCAAGCACAUGCUUUAGCUUCUCCUUUCACGACAUCCUAAAGGAGCCUGGACGUUACUCUCUAGACCUUGUGUGCUUCGUACAGACGUGUUUCGGGGAGAGAUGCUUUCAAGACGAUUACGUACACAAACGUUUGGAGACCAUCAAGACAACAAUGGAGACGCCGAAUAACAACGGUGACAUUCAUGGACUGGACAUGUCGGCCGCACUCGGCAUAGCCUUUGGUGCGUUUCUGAUUGGAGCUGUGCUGACGGGGGCGCUCUGGUUCAUCUACACUCACACGGGGUCCGCAGCCAAGGCCAAGCCCGUUCUUUCCAAUCCUCCUGCAUCGGAAAACAGCAGCGCCAACCACAGCAUCGGGAGCACCCAAAGCACGCCCUGCUCUACCAGCAGUAUGGCCUGAGGAGCCUCGUGAGAUUCCCGCGCUCUUCGCCUGUCAAGCACACAUCGGCCCACCAGUAACAUACGGAUAUAUAUUUUUAUUUUUAUUUUUAUUUUUUUUUUUUGUUCUCCUCUUCCUCCCGUUUCUGCUCAAACGUCUCCUCUUUCAGAAGGAAAGCUGCCAUCAGCGUCAGCAGGCCACAUCCAAACCGUCCAGGAAAAAAAAAAGAAAAGACAAAACAAUUUCCCUCAAGACCACCAAAACAGGACAUUCGCCGAAUUCCUUUCACCACCUUGUUUGUUUGUUUGUUUGUUUAAGCUUUUUGAAGAAGAAAAAGUCAAAGGAAAAAAAAAAACAAAAAACAAAACGGAGAAAGCAAAAUAUACUUUAAUUUAUUCAAAUUUUUUUUUUUUUUCUUUCCAAAAGCCCGCCCCGCCAUCACCAGGAAGGCCGCACUGAAGUGUGCGGCGACAAAACAUCAGGCGGCCGUGAAGCGACUCUCUUGAUUUUUUUGGGUGGGGGGUCUAAUUUGCUGCCAAGUACCUUGGAUGCCUUCUUAGUUAGUCUUUGGGGUGGUCUGUACUUAUUUAAACUUCACUGACUCAUGGAAGGAAAAUGACGAGAGAGAAUUAAAUGACGUGACGGAGUAACGAGAAGCUAAAGAACUUCCUGUGUGGGCCCUUUAAAAAAAAAUAAUGUUGGUAGUUAAUCCCAAAAUCUUUAGGCCGCUGUUACAAACACAAGACAGAAAAACUGCAUUCACACGUCAACAUCCGAGGCGGCCAUUUUACCUUCUUAACAUUAUUUAUUCUCAACGUGUAAAACAAGUCCUUCUCCUCGCGUGCUUCAUCGACAGUACGCACUUCCGCUCAGCGCGAGCCGCUACAUCAGCUGAUGACCAUUUAAUGGACGCUUUCUGUCGUGUGUGUGUGUGUGUGGGCCUUUUCCAAGCCAUAACGCCACCUUAGGCCUCAAGCUGUCACCAGUCUCCUAGAACCUAAACCUGGGGAACGCAAAACAAAAAUAAAAUAAGAGCCUAAAAGGUGCCACCGUUGUCUGAGUCACGUUAAUUUGCAUGUUAGUGUGCUUACUAAAAUGUGACACUCGAGUCGUAAUGUGUUUCCUUGUCUGGCCGUUACUUCACUUCAGCGCUGUAGGAUUUCAUCAACAUCGUCCAAGUGUUAAUACAGCCAGUUCACGAAAUUAAAUCAGGCUGGGACACAAUUUAGAAAUACGAACAUUAAGGACAAACUCUAAGAUACAGUGCAUUUACAGUGUGACCACAAGGUGGUGCUAAACCUCAGUAUAAGAUACAGUGUGACCACAAGUUGGCAUCUAACCUAAGUGUAAGAUAGAGUGCAUUCACAGUGUGACCACAAGGUGGUGCCAAACUUCAGACACAAUAUCACCCAACACAGUUCAAAUAAAGGAUUUUAUUACACAAUUAUUAAUCACUAAACAUGGCAAAGCAACCUGCCCCAACUACCUACAAUCAACGGCCUCUUGUUGAGUGUCGCCCACUGGUUCCUUUUAUGAUGGCUUCCAGUGACCUGGCAUGACCUGUGGGGAGCACUUCCUGUUUGUUUGAGAAUCAGGGUUGUCCCCCAACACCCCCCCCACCACCCCCCACCUCUAAGUCACUACCUGAUUUGAACCAGAAGCCUGAUUUUUGACAACACAUGCUUGAGAAUGCGUCAUUUACGCUGCUCUGUUUUACAGCACCUGCCCAUGCGCGACACUGUUAUUAAGUUAGUGUAAAAUCGAUUGUUUUAAUAAUGUAAUUGUAAUUCUGUUCCUAUCAUGAGGUAACGUGUGGAAAUAGUUUGUUGGUAAUAAAGAAGUGGUUGGCUUUGUGCGUCCUCCGCACUGAAUGAGGCUGUUUAUCUCUUCUGUCAGCAAUCGACUGGACGAACGUUUUUUUCCUUUCUGAAGUUGGGUGUUUCAGAUGGAAGGCAAAAGAUUUCAUAUUCACAAAACACGGCCAACAAUUCUCCUACUGUCAGAAACCAGAAACAAAAAAGCUGCCAUUUUAUACUCAUCAAAGUUGUAAAAACACAUCGGAAAAGAAUAUCGUAAAGCGAUAACGGAAAUAAAAAUGGACAACCUUUGCUACGCGUGUGUUGUCUAAAUCGGGUUUCCAGUCCAAAUUGGGCGGUGAACCCAAUCCCCACCUUGGCACCACCCUUGGGUCUCCAUUUCCCAUGAGCCCCUGUGGUGGGACGCCUCCACCUAACAUAUGGGGGAUGGAACUGCUCCUGGACUCUGGCUUUUGGCUCGAACCAUGCCCUGGCAUCUUCCAUCUUGGCAAGAAGUCAUGGCACCACUCAGCCAGGAUGCCCAUCUGUCCUCCAUGGCACUCACAACAUGUAGGGUGGAGUGGUGGCUGUGUGGCUAAGGACUGCGCUGGUGCAAACCCCAUCACUGCUACUCCUACUUCAGCAAGGUCAUUUUUAACCUGAAAAUGACUCCUAUGGGGCAGGGGGCAAUGGCUGACCACCUCCCCACCCCAGCACCCCUCCAAAGGUCAGGUUAAAAGGACAAUUUCCCCUUCAGAAUUACAAAAAAAAAAAUACAAAAAAAGUAACAAAUUGGAUGUAUUCUUGUCACAUGACCUCAUCUAUUUGAACCUAUCAGUGAGGUGGGCGUGGCCUUCACCAGGGUACCGCAAGUUAAACACAGAGCGGCCUGAGGUGCCCACCAAUAAGUGAAGUGCUUGCAGCGCCUAACAUUGACAUGUCUGAGGCCCACCAAGCCCCAACACCCCGCCAUCGCUCUCCAGUGCCCGUUUGGUAGCCUGGUGGUUUAGAGCUCACGCCCGUGAUACACACACACACACACAUGUUAACGCCUGGCUGUCCUUUUCGCAGCGGAGUCCCCUUUGACGCCACCGAGUACUGUAAAUAACGUCGUGACGGGCUGAUGGCAGCACAUGAAUUCGUGUCUCCGAGAGCUGAUCGCCUUCUCCGGGGUGCAGUUGGCGCCCGUGUGUUGUGUGUGGCACUGUGCCCGGCUCAGGAGGCUCGUUGUGUAUUUAGACACAGUAGCAGAUUCCGGCAAGCAUUCAUGUUGAAUGUUUUUAGUGUCCAUGUAGCUUUUUAUAUUGCCAAAGAAUUUUUGUUUUUGUUUUGUUUUCAUGUUUAUUAUUAUUUAUUUUCUGGCAAAUCCACUUUAGAUGGUGAACUAUUCCGACUUUCGGACUUGUAUCGAUUUUUAACACAA